AUGCAGCACAACUUGGACGAUCUUGCCAAAUGCAACGACUAUCCAUCUGAUGAGGCCAUUUCUGAAGUCAAAGGACUUCUCUCUAAGCCAUGGAAGCGUUUGGAAGAGACCAAUGCCGAAAUCAAUCGCCUUGAAGUUUUGCUAAAAAAAUUAAAACAAACGCGAACGGGGAUCGAGGGGUCAAUGAAUCGUUACAGCAGUAUACUGGCCCCAAUUCGUCGUGUCCCCGAAGAUAUUCUUCAAAUGAUCUUUAUACAUUGUCUCCCUACCCAUCGCAACCCUACCAUGGGAGCUUCGAACCCCCCGAUGCUACUCACACGAAUCUGUCGCCGAUGGAGGUCCAUUGCAUUUUCUUUACCCAUAUUAUGGGCUAGAAUUCACAUUCCUUUUCGAAUAGUAGGUGAUAUACACCCUCAACAUCCAGGAUAUCUGAUUGUGCCAGCGCAUACAGUUUCAACUGUGCUACAACAUAGAUGUCAGGCCGUCGCGGAUUGGUUGACGCGAUCUGGGGAUUGUCCAUUGUCGAUUUCUAUCACUUGCCUGAAGGAUUAUCAUCAUGACUGUGAUUUCCAACCCGAAACUUCAAUAUUACUCCUCAAAAUCGUGGCGAAAUAUGCACCACGUUGGGCGUUUAUGCAGUUGAAGAUUCCCCUUGAAACUUAUCGCGAGCUCGAAACCAUUCUGUCCUCAUGUCAGCUUCCUAUGCUUGUCCGUCUUAGGGCAGAUAUAUCCGAUGAAGCGAGUGAUGUGUACUGGCGACCUUCACUAGGACUACUCGAAUCCCGCAACUUGCAAUUCGUAUCGUUACGCCUUCCGUACUCUUGGGGUGCCAGACUGCAGGUGCUCGCUCAAAGACUCCAGCUUCAUCAAAACAUUACCUAUCUUUCUAUUCCCAUGCCCUGUCCAGUUGACGAUGUGAUCAGACUUCUAAGGUCUUGCCCUCGCAUUAAUUAUCUCCGUCUUUCACUCGAAAGGCAACAUCUCUCUCCCUCCCAGGUCCAUAGACUAUUGGAUAUGGUGCCUGUCAGUUUCAUCACGAAGUUGAUUCUGAGGUCGGUGCUCGGUAACUGGGAAGAUGUGGAUACAUUCGACCUCGGAAUCCUAAUUGGACACCACAAGUCAGAAACAACAGCCACGGUUACUGAUAAGAUCCUCCUUCCACGACUAGAACAUUUCGAACUCUAUCAAACACGAGUACCAGACGACACAGUGCUCCAAUUUGUUCUCAGUCGCACGGGAACUAUCCCCAGUAUUUCCAUCCUCAAAUACGUGAAAAUCGUGUUUUCUCGAAUGAAGAUUCCUGGACAUGUUGAUGUGGAGGACCACGUUCGAAUGCACUUGGCACAAACCAGCAUAAAGAAGAUCCAUCUCGAACUAAACUAUUUGCUGCCUCUGUAUGGAACUGAUUCGGAAAUAGUUGACCCACUAUCUCCGAACUUUAUUGGUGAUCAGACGCACAAUUUGAACUUCAACACUGGAGACAAGACAUGGACAUUGGAGGAGAUGGAUGAUGAAAUUGAUAUUCCUUGA